AUGGUAGACCUAGUGAAAUUCUGGGUGCGCAUCAGCUACCUAUAUGCACGCUUUACCGGUACGCUCAACUUUGAGGUCGACUUAAAGACGGGUAGAACGCGAGUUACGAGAAGAGCAACCAUCUAUUCGGCAUUUGCAAGCCUGUUCUUGAUAUCCAUUCUGGCGCACCACUUUGGGCCAAGCAAAAUAAAGUCUGAACUGUGGAAAGAUAUCAGUUCGCUGCAUCAAAGUGUCUUCAUGAUCGUCUCAUGGCUGCGUGUAUCCUGUGCUCUGGCUGCCUUGGCAAGUCGCUGGUAUCAUCGUCGUCGGUAUAUACGACUCAUCAGCUGUUUUCGCCGCCUGUUCCUGCAGAGCCCCGAGGUUAUGCGGCUCUGCCGCCGUGGCUUCAUCUCAAAGUGCUUUGUAGCCUCUGUGGCCGAGAUUAUGCAGUUUCUGGUAGCCAUUUUGACGGUGUGGGAUAAGCUCACCAUUUCAAUGCUGCUUGGCAUCUGGGGUGUAAUGACUGUGACCGCCAUUAUGAAUGUGGCUAUAACGCAGUAUUUCUUUGCACUGGGAAAUGCGCGCGGCCAUUACAUACUUCUUAACAGGCAGCUGAGAGCUUUGCUCGGCGAGGCCCAAUCUCUGGGACCUAUGCGGAAGCGUCGAAAUGGAGUCUUUAUCACGAAAUGCUGUUUCCUGGCCGAUCGAUUGGAUGAAAUCGCCCAAACCCAGUCCGAAGUACAGGCGCUGAUCGAGGGCAUGUCGAAGAUUUAUGAACUACAAAUUUUAUGCCUGUGCCUUACCUAUUACCUGACCAGCGUGGCAAACAUCUACAUAUUGUUUAGCUUAUACAAGUACAGUGGCAUGACACAGAGUUGGUCGAAGCUUGGAAUGGUGGCGUCGGCUAUUUUCUUUAUGUUUUACUAUAUUGAUUGCGUCAUCAACUCGUACAAUGUUUUCUAUCUAUUGGAUGCCCAUCAGGAGAUGCACAAGCUUCUGGAGCAGCGAAACCUCUUUCCGGGCUCUCUGGAUGAGCGACUGGAGUCGGCCUUUGAUAGCUUCGAGCUAAGUCUAGCCCGCAAUCCGUUGAAUCUAAAAUGUUUUGGGCUAUUUCGAUUAAAUCGCUCCUCGGCUUUUGACGUGGGUAACUCUAUUUUAAUCAACUCUGUACUUCUCAUACAAUACGAUAUGCAGAACUAUUGA